AUGAUGUCGUUACGUAUCGCUACCUGGAAUAUCAAUGGCCUAACGCCAAAUAAAAAAGAAUUAGAAAUAAUGUUAAAACAUAACAAAAUCGACAUUGGUUUAAUAUCUGAAACCCACCUAAAUGACCGUAAGAAUAUUAAGAUAGACAACUAUGACGUAUAUUAUACUAACCAUCCCGAUACCACAUCACACGGAGGAUCAGCAGUAAUUGUAAAGAGUAACAUCGGACACCACCUCCAUAGCGAGUUUCGGGAAGACUGGAUGCAAGCCACUACCAUCACUAUAAAUGCAAGCAUGGGCCCCAUCAAUGUAAGCGCUGUAUAUUGUCCACCAAAGCAUAAACCGAAACAACACAUGUUUGACCGCUAUUUUCAAAGCUUGGGAAACAGAUACAUAAGUGGUGGGGACUGGAACUGUAAACACACUCAUUGGGGAUCAAGAUUGACAAAUAGCAAGGGACGUGAGUUGAAAAAAUGUGUCGAUAAACACAAACUUAUUACACUGGGAACAGGUAAACCAACUUAUUGGCCAACAGAUGUCAACAGAAUACCCGACCUAGUGGACUUUUUUGUGGUGAAGGGACUGUCUGAUGUGUAUUUUGACGUGGCAUCAUCGUCUGAUGGUGGGUCUGACCACACCCCUAUCAUAGCAACAUUUAGCGUUUCCGCUAUACAUAGAGCACAGAGACUGGCGCUAUAUAAUCAUAAAACAGACUGGGACGCAUUUGCUGAAUACUUAGAAGAUGAAGUUGAACUAAAGGUUAGGCUCAAAACAGAAGAAGAUAUAGAUGAGACAACAUUCUACAUCACGAAUCUCAUACAAGUAGCUGCGUGGCGUGCCACCCCGACACUGAGCUCUUCCAAUCAAUUAGGUAACAUACCACUGGAAAUACGCAACAAACUGGAAGAAAAACGGAGACAAAGAAGGCGAUUACACACCAGCAGAUCAGAUGUAGACAGGUCGGAAUUCAAUAGAAUAUCUAGAGAACUAAAAGAGUUAAUUAAAGAAAAUCAAAACACAACCUUCCAAGAAAAACUCUGUACACUCUCGGCUCAUAAGAAGGAUAAUUACUCACUCUGGAAAAUAACUAAGAACUUUAAAAGACCACAUAACCAUAUACCACCUAUAAGGAUAUCUACGAACGAUCCGUGGGCUAGGAGCGGCAGUGAAAAAGCUGAACUUUUCGCUAGACACCUAAGCGAAGUCUUCAAACCAAACCAAUCAUCCAUGACUGAGUUUGAAGAGGAAGUGGAUAGAAUGAUCAACAGUGACCAGCAGUUAUCACUACCGCUAAAACUUGUCACUCCACAAGAAUUAACGCGCACAAUAAGCUAUCUGGAAAACAAAAAGGCUCCUGGUUUCGACCUAAUAACGGGUGAAAUCCUUAAAAAACUACCUAGAAAAGUAAUAGUACUUUUAACAAUGUUAUUCAAUGCCAUUUUUAGAAUACAGUACUACCCAAAGCUAUGGAAGAUAUCACAAAUAAUUAUGAUUGUAAAGCCAGGGAAACCCCCAACAGAACCUAGCUCAUACAGGCCUAUAAGUCUUCUCCCAACAAUAUCUAAGGUUUUUGAAAAAACUCUUCUGCGGAGACUAAAACCAGUCCUGGACCAAAACAGAAUUAUACCCGAUCACCAAUUUGGUUUCCGGGAAAAACAUGCUACUGUAGAACAAGUACACCGAGUGGUUCACAAAAUAAGACAAUCGCUAGAGAAAAAAGAAUAUUGUUCAGCAGUAUUCAUAGAUAUUCAGCAGGCAUUCGAUAGAGUUUGGCACAAAGGAUUGUUGUACAAGCUGAAAACCCUCCUACCAAACUCAUUCUAUAUGAUCCUAAAAUCUUAUCUAGAUCAAAGAAGAUUCCAAGUAAAGUAUGAGGAGGAACUUUCAAGGCUCUAUUACAUCACUGCCUCAGUUCCACAAGGAUCAGUGCUUGGCCCAGUCCUUUAUUCAAUAUAUACGGCAGACUUGCCUGAAACCGAAAAUGUCGUAACAGCAACAUACGCAGAUGACACUGCAUGCCUUGCAAGCGAUGUGAACGCGAAUAACGCUUCACUGAAACUACAGGAACAGCUCAAUAAGGUGAACGUGUGGCUGCAGAGGUGGAGAAUCAAGCCUAGCAUAACUAAAUCAAUACAAGUAACAUUUACACUGCGAAAGGGCGACUGUCCACCUGUGCAUAUAGAAGACAAACCGUUACCAAGCAAAAACAGCGUGAAAUAUCUCGGACUACAUCUGGACAGAAGACUGACCUGGGCUAAUCAUAUAAAAGCCAAGAAAACAGAAGCCACCUUGAAAUUCAAAGAGCUAUCCUGGCUUCUAGGCCCGCAAUCUAGGCUGACCCUGAGUAACAAAUUGCUUGUGUACAAGGCCAUCAUACAACCAGUGUGGACAUAUGGAAUAGAACUCUGGGGCUGUGCAAGCAAUUCUAACAUCGAAAUCCUCCAAAGAUUUCAAAACAUUGCACUGAGAACUAUUUCAUGUGCACACUGGUUUGUGAGAAACACGGAAAUACACGAAUAUCUGGAGAUGCCAACCGUAAAGGAAGUAAUCCGCAAAAACAGUAGUAGAUACAGGGAAAGGUUAACCAAACAUACAAAUGAACUGGCUAAGAAUCUGCUAACCCCAGGAGAUGAUGUAACUCGCCUAAAAAGAUGGCAAAUACUAGACCUAGACCAGAGAAACUGA